AUGUCAGGAAGGAGCAAUGGAAGCUCCAAUGAGUCCUACACCAGCUUCCUUCUGGUGGGCUUCCCGGGGCUGCAGGAGGCCCGUGCACUUCUGGUGCUGCCCUUCCUCACCCUCUACCUGGUGAUCCUCUCUGCCAAUGCCCUGGUCAUCCACACAGUGGUGGCCCAGAGAAGCCUUCACCAGCCCAUGUACCUGCUCAUCGCCCUGCUCCUGACUGUCAACAUCUGUGUCGCCACCACAGUGCUGCCCGCCAUGUUCUUCAGCUUCUCCACACACUUCAACCGCAUCUCCCUGGCUCGCUGCCUGGUCCAGAUGUUCUGCAUCUACUUCCUCAUUGUCUUUGACUGUAACAUCAUUCUAGUCAUGGCUCUGGACCGCUAUGUCGCCAUCUGCUACCCACUGCGCUACUCAGAGAUAGUGACAGGCCAGCUGCUGGCUGGCCUGGUGGUGGUGGCAGCUGCCAGGAGCAUUUGCAUUGUUGCCCCAGUGGUAUUUCUGGCCUCCCGGGUUCGCUUUUGCCGCUCAGAUGUCAUCCAUCACUUUGCCUGUGAACACAUGGCCCUGAUGAAACUCUCCUGUGGGGACAUUUCCCUGAACAAGACUGUGGGACUCACCGUGCGUAUCUUCAACAGAGUCCUGGACAUGCUCCUGCUAGCAGCCUCCUAUUCCCGCAUCAUCCAUGCUGCCUUCAGGAUCUCAUCAGGAGGGGCUCGGUCUAAGGCCCUGAAUACGUGCGGCUCCCACCUGCUGGUCAUCUUCACCGUGUACUCCUCCACCAUGUCCUCAUCCAUCGUCUACCGAGUGGCCCGCACUGCCUCCCAGGACGUGCACAACCUGCUCAGUGCCUUCUACCUGCUGCUCCCAUGUCUGGUCAACCCCAUCAUCUAUGGGGCCAGAACCAAGGAAAUUAGGCAGCACCUGGCCAUUCUGUUCGUAAGGACCCAGCUGCAGGUCCCCACUGAAAAGGCCCAGGCUCUGCCCUCACAGAGGGAGCUUCCUGGCUGA